GCAAACGGUGUGAAUCGUGACCUUCGGCGGUUGUUUGCCACCUCAUUUAACUUCACACCCGACCGGGGACGCUUUCAAAGAACCGCUGCUCGACCCACCUGCCUGACAUGCUCAGAUAAAAUGGAAAAAGGGGAAGGCCUUUCAUCUAUUCCAGACAUCCCAUACGUUCCAGAUUUCCCAGAUAUGCCAGAUACCACAGAUGUCCCAGAUAUUACAAAUAUUCCAGAGAUCGACGAUAUCCCAGCGCCGCCAUAUCCUGGUCCGCCAUUGGACUCAAGUGUGGUCAUCAAUCCACCUACACCUGUUGAUCAGCCAGUGAGCCAGCCUCAACCUCAGAAGUAUGAAAAAUCCGCCGACCAGCAAUAUCCCCAGCCUGUUGCUCAGCAGUAUCAGCAAUCUGCUGACCAGCAAUAUCCCCAGCCCGGUGUCCAGCAGUAUCAACAAUCUGCUGACCAGCAAUAUCCCCAGCCUGUUGCUCAGCAGUAUCAACAAUCUGCUGACCAGCAAUAUCCCCAGCCUGAUGUCCAGCAGUAUCAACAAUCUGCUGACCAGCAAUAUCCCCAGCCUGUUGCUCAGCAGUAUCAGCAAUCUGCUGACCAGCAAUAUCCCCAGCCUGAUGUCCAGCAGUAUCAGCAAUCUGCUGACCAGCAAUAUCCCCAGCCCGGUGUCCAGCAGUAUCAGCAAUCUGCUGACCAGCAAUAUCCCCAGCCUGAUGUCCAGCAGUAUCAACAAUCUGCUGACCAGCAAUAUCCCCAGCCUGAUGUCCAGCAGUAUCAGCAAUCUGCUGACCAGCAAUAUCCCCAGCCUGAUGUCCAGCAGUAUCAGCAAUCUGCUGACCAGCAAUAUCCCCAGCCUGAUGUCCAGCAGUAUCAACAAUCUGCUGACCAGCAAUAUCCCCAGCCUGAUGUCCAGCAGUAUCAACAAUCUGCUGACCAGCAAUAUCCCCAGCCUGUUGCUCAGCAGUAUCAGCAAUCUGCUGACCAGCAAUAUCCCCAGCCUGAUGUCCAGCAGUAUCAACAACCUGUUGCUCAGCAGAACCAGCAAUAUUCCCAGCCUGUUGUUCAGCAAUAUCAACAACCUCCUCAGUUUGCUCAACAACAAGUUGUACAGCAAAAUCAGGCGACUCAACCUGCAAACCCUGUGGUGGUGAUGCAAGUGAGACCAACUGAGGCUCCUGGAAAUAUGUUGUGUCCACACUGUAAGACCAACGUUGUGAGCGUAACCGAAUACAAAUUGGGCAUGCUCACUUGGAUAAUUGUUGGAACACUGUUUUUCGUUGGGUGUUGGCCUUGCUUUGUGAUCCCGUUCUUCGUGAGCGCCUGCAAGGACGUGCAGCAUUCCUGCCCGCAGUGCAACAACGUUCUGCACGUCUACCGCCGCAUGUGAUUCACAUGUGAACUGCAGUUACUGACAAAUUUGUUGUACCUCCUUUAAAAGAGGACUGACUGUAAAAUGAAUACAUUUAUUAGGUUUCCCUGAAAUCUUUUAACAAACCAUUGAUAUUUUACUCUUUAUGGUGUCUCAUUAACAAAUACUUUUUUUUAACAUGUUUUUCAACACUAACCAUUGACAUGAGAAUGUGGUUCUGGUUGCAAAAGAAGAUUUCUCUUACUUUAAAUAGUGCAACAUUUGAUCAUUGUUGUAACGAAUCAGAACAUAAUAUCUACAAAAAUAUCUAAAAUGUUUAAUUUAUCUGUUCAUUGAGGUCUUCUUGCACUGUACAGUUAUUUAAUUGAGAGCUGCACUGUGAAACUACAAUUCCCAAAGCCUGCAGGAAUUGAUGCGGUCAUAGAAAUAACUGUGUUUUGAUCAUCAUUGGUAGAUGUAUUUACAUGUGUUUUUAUUUAAAGGUAAUCUUGUUUAUCAUCUUAUAAGCAAUUGUGUUUCUGUAAGCAGAAGAAGAGACAGAACUGUGACAGCCCAAAAUACAGUGUAUCUGGAAAGACCUGCGUGUGUGUGUGUGUGUGUGUGUGUGUGUGUGUGUAUGUGCGUGCGUGCAUGCGUGCGUGUUUGUGUGUGUGAGCUUGUAUUUGGUACAAUGUUGGGCCCAUUUUUACAUAAAAUACUACAUGACUUCAUACAACUAAAUGUAACGACAUAAUAAAAUGUCAUAAAUUCCUAA